UACGGCUCGAGCUAACAUCUGUCUGCCUGCUGCGGGAGGAAACAAGGAGGGGUCAGAAAGAGAGAAAAGGGACCAUAGAGAGAGAGAGAGAGAGAGAAGCUAACAGUUUCAAAACUCGACGGAAUUAGAGUUUCAAACUUCAAUAAUUAGUUCAUCUGUCGUUUAGAGAUUGGGUGGUUAUAGCCGUGUUAUAAGACUGGUCGCCUUUAUCGUUUUUUUGUCUUGUUGUCAUUGUUUGCGUUCUUGUUUUUCCUGGAUUCAUUGCGUGACAGUAUGUCUCGGUCUGACUUCCCCCUGGGUUACGAUGACUCUCAUUCCCCCUCUAUGGCCCCCAAGGUGGUAACUACCCCCCCCCCCUGCCUAUGGCUUCCCUGCCAAUGGAGGUCCCCCAUCAGGCCAGCCCUCAUCCUUCUACCCCUCUGGUCCCCAUGGACCUCCAUACCCCGGCCAGCCUGCCGGGUACCCUGCUGGGCCCUACCCCGGCCAGCCUGCCGGGUACCCUGCUGGGCCCUACCCAGGCCAGCCUCACCCCGGGGGUCCAGGGUACAACAACCAGCCUAUGAUGCCACCCAUACCCCCUAUAAUCCCCCCUAUGAUGCCUAGCAGUGCACUGAGCGGCGAUGGAGAGGGGUUUGCGGCAGGCAGCUUUGACAGUCUGAAAGUGCGACACUCCUUCAUACGAAAGGUGUAUAUGAUCCUGGCAUCUCAGCUACUCGUCACUGUCGCAAUUGUGUCCGUCUUCACAUUUGUUGACUCUGUCAAGAAGUUUGUGAUCGCAAACCCAGCUGUCUACUGGGCAUCAUUCGCUGUGUAUUUCGUCACUCACAUUGUGCUGGUCUGCUGUAAAGGACCCAGGAGGAAAUUCCCAUGGAAUGUCAUCCUGCUGGCCAUCUUUACACUGGCCAUGUCCUACAUGACGGGUACCAUAUCCAGUUACUAUGAUACUAAGGCAGUGUUUCUGGCUCUGGGCAUCACCGUCAUUGUGUGUAUCAUCACCACUGUCUUCUGCUUCCAGACCAAGGUGGACCUCACCUCAUGCCCAGGCCUAUUCUGUGUCCUGGGGAUCGUUGUCAUGGUGGCAGGCAUCAUCACAGCCAUUGUGCUCUCCUUCAAAUAUAUUCCUUGGCUUCACAUGGUGUACGCGGCCGUUGGCGCAAUAGUCUACACACUGUUUCUGGCGUACCACACACAGCUGUUGAUCGGCAAGGGGAAGAACUCUAUCAGUCCAGAGGAGUAUGUGUUCGCAGCGCUCUCCAUCUACAUCGACAUCGUCCAGAUCUUCCUGUGCCUGCUGCAGCUUAUUGGUGCAGCCAACAGAUGAAUCCCCGGAAACAACGUUCCUUCCCAUCCCCUCCCCCCCGAGACAGGCAGACUCGGCUCACCAGAGUGCAACUGCACUCACUAUAGAAAUAGAAUGAGUAGAAUGGAAAUAUUGGUGUACCUACCACAGAACGUUGUUUUGAAUUGGAACGUUCUUUCUACUAAUUCUAAUUCUAUGGAUUUGACUUCGCUAACGCACAUAUUUAGCAAUUUUCAUGAAGUCUACUCUUCUGCUAAAAUGCAUCUGCUUGCAAAGACAUAUGUAGUAAUAUAUCAGUAUAGACACCAGUGGUGUAAAAUAACUAAGUAAAAAUACUUAGGGUAUCUGUACUUUACUAUUUCUAUUUUUGACAACAUUCACUUUUACUCCACUACACUCCAAAUGAAAAUAUAUAAGUUUUACUCCCGUACAUUUUCCCUGACACAUAAGAGUACUUGUUACAUUUUGAAUGUUUAGCAGGACAGGAAAAUGUUACAAUUCACACACUUAUAAAAAGAACACGUGGUCAUCCCUACUGCCUCUGAUAUGGCGGACUCACUAAACACAAAUGCUUUGUGCAUUUUACACUUUUAAUCAAGUAGUGUUUUACUGGGUGACUUUCACUUGAGUCAUUUGCUAUUAAGGUACAGGAUCUUGACUUUUACCAAAGUAUGACAACUGGGUACUUUUUCCACCACAGAUAGACACACUGAAUACAAAGCUGUAACUUUAAUCUAACUAUCUUUAUAUGAAGAUUUUUUUGAUUUGAUAUUUUUUGUUUGUAAAGUAAAAAUGUGUGUUAUGAGCUGGGAGCAGUAAGAUACUUUCUGAACUUGUCCAAUAGGUUUGUGCCUGCUGAAGGCAACCCUGGGGUGUAUUCACUAGGAGCCAAACGGAGGCAAACAAAAGCAACAGGAACCAAACGGGGAGGGAUAUUCCUGAAAUGGUUCACUAGAAACUUGUUUUUGUUGCAAAACAUUUUCCAAUGCGAAAUGUUUAACUACGGUUUGCACGAAUAAAUACACCCCCCAAUAUCAGUAUUCCUCUGAGACACAGAGAGGAAGGAUUUUUUUUUUUUUACUCUGUAUGUCUGAUGCUUUUCUAUGAUUGUUACAUUUGUAUUUGGGUAGUCAUGAGAGAAAGCUCAGUGCUGAUUGGCUUGAUUUUUAUGCACUUUUUGGUAACGAGUGUCACCUUAGGCUGCGUUUAGACAGGCAGCCCAAUAUUCUUUUCACUAAUUGUUGACCAAUCAGAUCAGCUCUGAAAAAGAUCUGAUUAGUGGAAAAAAGAUCAGAAUUGGCUGCCUGUCUAAACGCAGCCAUAGUGAUGCCAUCUUUAAGAUAUACUUUUAUGUAAAUGCAAUGUCUGUUUCUGAUGUACUUGUUAACACAUAUAGGAGUAUACCUAAUAUAGUAUUGUGAAAUUCUGUUAGCUGUAUUGUUAUGUACUGGUUUGAACAUACCAGGCUCAAAUGUGUGUUUAGAACCCUCAGAACAGAACAUUCCAAUUGAUCACUUGGCAAACUGCUGCCAACUCCAAAUAUUAGAGUAGAACACUGAGAACCAUAGCCGCAGGAAGCUGUUUGGGGGUCGUGGAGCAGUGCUUUUUCCACUGACAGGUGGGUAGUGGCGCUACAGACCUGCUAUAUCGACUAAUACAGGACUAGUAAAUGCACAGUGGACUACUUUGGUGAGAAUUUCUAUUGUUACACUCUCUUUAGGACAAGGUGACUUUUGUCUAUUUAUUUAUUCGCCUGUAUUUACCCCUCCCAAAAUGAAAUGACAAUUAGCUGCUAUUGUGGCUAUCAUAAAGAACUACAAAUGCCAUGAUGAUCUGGACGAAACUGCCAAAUUCGAGGCAAAGGUAAGAAUCUCUGGAUUAACUAUCUAAUGUUAGCUAAAUGUAAUGAAUAAAUUGGCUACAUUUCUUUAAAUGGACAAUUCUGUAAACUUUUUUCAAUUGACACAAUACCUGUUAGCAAAGGUGUCAGCUAGAGAUGACGUGCAGGAACUUACAGCGAUUUGUAGUUUUGCAUGGUCUGCUUUGAUGCUAAUUAGAAUUUUAGAAUCUGAGAGUAAAUAAAGAUGAAUAUAUUGAUAAAAGUCACCUUGUCCGAGAGAGAUUUACACGGUUAUCAAAACAUCACACCGUGGUAAGCCUAUACGAAACAACCCGUAUGGAUUCUAAAAUCCCCUAUGGGAAAAAUGAAUGGUGGAAAAACGAUUGGAACCAUGCCACUGUGACUAUGCUGAGAACAGUCCAAAAUGUACACAUCAAAGCAUUAACAUCUGAUGUUCUUUUCUACAUGAUGAGAAGAAAGGAAGCCACUUUAUAUUGAGAUUAAAUGAUUGAUUGUUGAGCUAAAUUAAAAGGGAACAUGCCUCAAAGGGUGUACUUACUUAGCUGACACCCUUGAGUUGAGUAAUGAGGGAAGUGCAGGUAGACUGCCCCUAAGUGCUGAUCUAAGGUCAAUUUUAUAGUGGUUGAUGUUGGAACUGGGUGUGGUGAGCUAAUUCUAUAACUGAGUUUAGGGGCAUCUCUAGACUCGUUUUGAGAUGUAUGUCUCUGAAACCUUUGGCGCCAACUUGCUUCCACUGAGAUUACUAAUUAGAAUGUGGUUGCCAUGGAAUGUUUGGUGCUAGCUUGGAGGACAGUUGCCAAAGUCUAUAGGAGCAUGCUAAUGAGAAAAAUAUGGACACAUCUAUAGUGAUUUUCAUAUCAAAUAAAAUAUUUUAUUGCCACGUG